AUGAGUCCAAGACUGUCCGAAAAGACGGUUGCUAUAACUUUGCGUGUUGAGAUUGUCUGCUUGGCUUUGUCUCUGUCUGGUGAUGACGAUGAUCUGGGCAUAUACAGCCAAGCUGUGAAAGAUAUGAUAAGUAAGAAAGGGUGCAGAAUCCUUAUCAACAUUAAUGAUCUAAGAAAGAAGAAUCCAGCUAGAUGUCUGAGUUUACUGAAAUCAUCUUUUGAGGAGCUUGUUGCGUUUCAAAGAGCUUUGAAAGAAUUUGUGUCUGCUGCUGAUCCUACUUAUUCUAAAACGCAUGAAGAAUUUUUUGUUGCAUUAGAAGGCAGUUUUGGAUCUCGACAUGUAACUCCGAGAACCCUUGUUUCAAGUUACUUAGGCAAUGUUGUCUGUGUUGAAGGAAUAGUUACAAAAUGCUCUCUUGUCCGUCCAAAGGUUGUAAGGAGUGUUCAUUAUUGCCCAGCAACAAUGAAAACUAUUGAACGUCGCUACACAGAUUUAACUACUUAUGAUGCUUAUCCUAGCAGUUCAGUUUAUCCAACCAAGGAUGAAGAUGGAAAUCUUUUGGAAACUGAAUAUGGUUUGUCUGUGUAUAAAAAUCAUCAAACGUUCUCAAUCCAAGAAAUGCCUGAAAAAGCUCCUGCUGGUCAGUUGCCUCGUACUGUCGAUAUUAUUGCUGAUGAUGAUCUUGUUGAUUGCUGUAAACCUGGAGACAGAGUUCAAGUUGUUGGCAUGUUUCGAUGCCUUCCAAGUAAAAAAAUGGGUUACACUACUGGAAUAUUUAGAACUGUAUUAAUAGCAAAUAAUAUUCAAUUGCUGAGCAAAGAAGUUUCACCUUUGAUAUCGGUUGACGAUGUGAAAAAAUGCAAGAAAUUUUCAAAACAAAAGGAUGUUUUUGAAAUUUUGGCUCAUUCCCUGGCACCAUCCAUUCAUGGCAAUGAAUUUGUCAAAAAGGCAAUUUUAUGCCUUUUGUUAGGAGGUGUAGAAAAGGUGCUUCCUAAUGGAACUAGACUAAGAGGAGACAUAAAUGUCUUACUGCUUGGAGAUCCAUCGGUGGCGAAAUCCCAGUUGCUUAGAUAUGUCCUUCAUACUGCACCUAGGGCUAUAACAACUACAGGCAGAGGCUCUUCUGGUGUUGGUCUAACAGCUGCAGUUACGACUGAUCAAGAAACAGGGGACAGGAGAUUAGAAGCUGGGGCUAUGGUUCUUGCUGAUCGUGGUGUAGUAUGUAUUGAUGAGUUUGAUAAAAUGUCUGAUAUUGAUCGCACAGCUAUCCACGAAGUCAUGGAACAAGGUAGAGUUACAAUUGCAAAAGCGGGGAUUCAAGCUAAACUAAAUGCUCGUUGCAGUGUUCUAGCUGCAGCUAACCCUGUUUAUGGAAAGUAUAAUCAAUACAAAACACCAAUGGAGAAUAUUGGAUUACAAGAUUCUCUACUUUCUCGAUUUGAUCUUCUCUUCAUUAUGCUAGAUAAGAUGGACCCAGAAAGUGACAGAGAAAUUGCUGAUCAUGUACUUAGAAUGCACAGAUACAGAAAACCAGGAGAAAUGGAUGGAGAACCUCUGCCUAUUCACUCAUCUGCGGAUUUCUUGGCAACAAAAGAUCCUGAUGCUGAAGAAGGACAACAGGAAGAUACUCCUAUUUAUGAAAAGUUUGAUGCUUUGUUGCAUGGAUCGCGAGCUAAAAUGGACAAAGUUGUGAGUAUAGAAUUCAUGAAAAAAUACAUUCAUCUGGCUAAAGCUGUAAAACCCACCUUAACUUCAGAAGCUUGUGAACGUCUCUCUGAGGAAUACACAAAGUUAAGAGCAUUUGAUACUCAAAACACAGACAUUGCAAGGACUCAGCCUGUGACUGCUCGAUCACUAGAAACGUUGAUUCGACUUUCUACUGCUCAUGCUAAAGCCAGAAUGUCUAAUACAGUUAAUCUGAAAGAUGCACAAGCUGCUAUUGAUUUAGUUCAGUUUGCUUACUUUAAAAAAGUGAUGGAGAAAGAAAAGAAGAGGAGGCGUGAAGACGGUUCAAGUGAUGAAGAAGAAAUUGAAGAAGCUCAUAAAAAGAAAAAACAAAUGGGAAAACCUAGGCCAAAACCUGGUGAAGAGGGCUAUGACCCUUAUGACUUUGAUGAAGAAGGUCCAGAAAGUGCUUCCCAAGGA